UUCUUUCUUUUGGUAGGUACUCGAUCGUCAUUUUGUUUCGACAAUCAGAGUUGGCCAACCAGAAUAUUCAGUUAUUGCUUUUGGUGAAACAGUAGAACUGAAGCAUGUCUGAUUCUCCAACCAUGCAUAUGCAUGCAGAGAGCAUGCUUGAUGAUCCCAGCACUAGGCUCCUUAAUGAUAAACCCAAAAACAAAUGGCGUAUUGCUGUUUCCACCAUCUUCUGCAUUCGAGCCCUCCUCUCUUUACUCAACCAAAUCACAAAAACCAACUUCAUAACAUCUAGCUCUCCGGUCUCUUCCAAUAGUACUUUCAAUGUGGACCAAAUAGCUCUCACUCGGCUUGUGAAGAACAAAGAUCUUGCUCAACUGCAAGAGUUGGGAGGGGUUGAAGGAGUAGCAUUACAUCUCAAAUCUGAUAAAGAGCAUGGAAUUCCUUGCCAUGAUGCUGAGGACAUUCCCGACAGAAUCAAAGAAUUCGGUUCAAACGUUUACAGAAAAGCCCCCAAAGGAGGUUUUUUCCGUUUUGUGUGGGAAGCCUUCAAAGACCCAACAGUACUCAUCCUCUUAGGCUGUGCGGCACUUUCUCUUGGUUUUGACAUCAAUGAACAUGGAUUCAAAGAAGGUUGUACUAAUGGUGGAACCAUAUUGCUCGCAGUCAUUCAAAUCAUUUCCGUGUCUGCAGUAAGCGAUUACAGGCAGAGCAGACCUUUGGUGCGUAACAAUAUCCAAAUUGAGGCGUGGAGAGGUGGCAGGAGGCAAAAGAUUUCUGUUUCUGAAACUGUGGUUGGGGAUGUAAUUCUCUUGAAUAUUGGAGAUCGGGUGCCGGCUGAUGGAUUACUUGUACAAGGCCAUUCCUUGCAAGUAGACGAAUCAAGCAUGACAGGAACCGACAGCCCUGUUGAAAUUAGCUACCAUCAGAAUCCCUUCCUUUUUUCUGGGACAAAAAUCACACAUGGAUAUGGUCGAAUGCUUGUCACAUCCGUUGGGAUGAACACAACGUGGGGUGAGAUGAUGAGCCAAAUGAGGCAAGACUCCAGUGAAAGGACACCCCUGCAAGAACGUCUGGAGAAGCUAAAUUCGUUAAUAGGUAAAGCAGCUUUGCUAGUUGCUUUCCUUCUUCUUGUAGUCUUGUUAGUUCGAUACUUCACGGGGAAUACCAAGGAUGAGAAUGGAAACAAGGAGUUCAAUGGCAGCAACACAGAAGUAGAUGACAUAAUAAGCGCUGUCAUUGGGAUUGUAGCGGCUGCGGUUUCCAUUGUUGUGGUGGCAAUUCCAGAAGGUCUCUCAUUAGCACUAAUUCUUGCUGUUGCCUAUUCCAAGAAGAUAAUGAUGGCUGACAAAGCAAUGGAUCUGAAGCUCUCUGCUUGUGAGACAAUGGGAUCUGUUACCACAAUUUGCACUGACAAAACAGGUACUCUUACUAUGAACCAGAUGGAGGUGACCCAGUUUUGGUUAGGUAAAUAUUCUUUGGAAGAAGAAGCUUAUUCAUCAGAGAUUUCUCUUUCUGUUCUUCAUUUGAUCCAAGAAGGAGUUGCUCUGAAUACAACUGGUAGUGUGCACAAGCAAAGUUUGGAUUCAAAAGUAGAAAUCUCAGGCAGUCCAACUGAAAAGGCUAUUAUUUCAUGGGGGGUAUUUAAGUUGCAGAUGGAUAUGGAGAAAGUAAUGAAGAGUUGUAGCAUUCUCCAUGUUGAGGCCUUUGAUUCGCAGAAUAUGCGAAGUGGGGUUUCAAUGAAGAGGAACGCAGAAAACACAGUUCAUGUACAUUGGAAAGGAGCUGCAGAGAUCAUACUGGAAAUGUGUUCAAGUUACUACAAUCCCUCUGGAUUCGUUAUAGAUAUGGGUGACAGUGAAAAAAUGAGUUUUGAGGAGAUUAUUCAAGGUAUGGCAGCUAGCAGACUCCGGUGUAUUGCGUUUGCACAUAAAGAAGUUCCAGCAGAUCAAGACCACACAACUAAGCUAAAAGAAGAUGGAUUGACCUUGCUGGGACUCGUAGGUCUUAAAGAUCCAUGCCGUCCAGAAGCGAAGAAAGCAGUUGAAGAUUGUCAAUAUGCAGGGGUGAAUGUCAAAAUGAUUACAGGCGACAAUAUUUUCACUGCUAAAGCGAUAGCCACAGAAUGUGGGAUACUCAAGUCCAGUCAUGACAUCUUCAGUGGAGCAGUGAUAAACGGUGUGGAAUUUCGAAGCUACACCGACUUGGAGAGAAUGUUGAAGCUGGACAAUAUCUGUGUAAUGGCGAGGUCUUCUGCUGCAGAUAAGCUUCUAAUGGUGCGAUGCUUGAAGCAGAAAGGUCAUGUAGUUGCAGUGACUGGUCAUGGCGCUACUGAUGCCCCAGCAUUGGAAGAAGCUGAUAUAGGACUAUCUAUGGGAAUUCAAGGAACAGAAGUUGCCAAAGAAAGCUCAGAUAUUAUAAUCACGGAUGAUAACUUUGCUUCAGUGGUCAGUGUUUUGGCAUGCGGAAGAUGUGUUUAUCACAAUACGCAGAAGCUCGUCCAAUUCCAGCUCACAUCAAAUGUUGCUGGUCUUUUGAUCAACUUUGCAGUAGCGGCUUCAUCAAGGCAAGUGCCAUUUACGAUAGUUCGUUCAAUUUGGUUGAACAUGAUUAUGGACACACUACUAGCUCUGGCUCUUACCAAGGACAAACCCACAAAAGAACUCAUGGAAAGGCCACCGGUGGGCAGAACUGAGCCCUUCAUCACCAAUGUCAUGUGCAGGAACCUCUUCGCUCAAGCUCUGUACCAAACAACUGUCCUCUUGAUAUUACAGUUCAGGGGAGAAGCAAUGUUUGGUGUUAAUGAUAAGGUAAAUGGCACAUUGAUCUUUAAUACUUUUGUGUUUUGCCAGAUGUUCAAUGAGUUUAAUGCCAGGAAGCUUGUGAAGAAGGAUAUCUUUAGGAAUAUCCACACCGACAAAUUGUUCAUGGGGAUAAUUGCAGUGGCAGUUAUUCUACAGAUUGUGACAGUGGAAUUUCUAAGCAAAUUUGAAGAUAUAGAGAGGUUGAACUACAGACUAUGGGGAGUAUGUCUUGGAAUUGCAGCCAUUUCUUGGCCAAUCGGUUGGGUUGUUAAGUGUAUACCUGUGCCACAGAAACCCAUUUUCCACUACCUGAAGAUGAAGAUGCACUGAAGAACAGAGCUCCAGUAGAAGUUCGAAAGGAAAGAACAGGCUCUAGAAGCAUCAUGCAUUGUUCAGAUUGAUAACUUUGUAAAUACAUCAGGCAACCCCUAUGUUUGGAUGGAUUUGAUUAGUGCAUCUUCUAUUUUGUUCUAUUAGUAUUUUAGUAGUAAAGCGAUUUGGAAUUGUCGACAUGCAUGGGAUCUAAAGCAAA